CUGAAUGAAGCCACAGACAACAGUACUACGAGUGCCGCACUGCUCUUGCGUAGCUCAGUCACAUUGUCCUCGGCGCUCAAUGCAUGCGAGUCUUUAUCCGAGAGCUUAUGGUCACCUUCUAUCUUGCCCUACACUGCUGGUCUAAACAAUAGUCUUGCAUACGAGGUCUACGGUGGACGUCUUGCUAGCAAUCAGCUCAUGUGGAUUACUCAGUCUCACUCCACUUGGCCGUCAAAGCAUCUUGGGCCUCCAGGGCCUCCUCAUCAAGCACCAGAAUGUCAAGCGAUGGACGUUCAUGGACAGAUCCAUCAAAUCAGCUGCAAAGAGAAACUCCCAACACUAUGCUCCCAAACCGCACCCGCGUCCAACAUCACAUACGCAGACAACUCUCCGCCAUAUCAGAUCUCCCAAUCUGUUGGCUCGCAGAUACUUGUUGGAUACCGCGACUUCUUAACUUUCCGGUUCAUGGGCGUUCGAUUUGCUGCCGAGCCCAAGAGGUUUACCUACUCUUCUGUUUAUGAAGGGACAGGUACCAACAGUGCUCUCGAGCCUGCGCCUGAAUGUCUGACGUUGCCAAACAAUGGCUCCACAGACUGUCUGUUCCUCAAUAUAUGGACGACUGGUCUACCUGGGCCCGGUAAAAAGGACUUGAAGCCAGUGAUGGUCUACAUCUACGGAGGUGGGUUCACAACUGGAUCCGCAAGUAACCCUACGAACGAUGGCGGCAACCUAGCUGCGCGCGGUGAUGUCGUGGUGGUCGAUAUUGCGUAUCGUCUGUCUACACUGGGCUUCCUUGCUCUCAAUGACGGUGUUCACAACGGCAACUACUUCCUCUCUGAUCAGAUUGCUGGUCUGGAAUGGGUUCAGAAGUAUAUCGAAAAUUUUGGAGGAGACCCAACUCGUGUCACCAUCUUUGGUGAGUCGGCAGGUGCAGAAUCUGUCAAUGCUCUUAUUGCUUCGCCCAAGGGUAAAGGUCUUUUCCAUGGAGCGAUUUUGCAGUCAAACUAUUUUCAACCCUAUGUCCCGUUGGCUACUGCAAUCAACCAGACCACGGUUCCUAUUCUCAGUCAGACAGGUUGUACUACUGCGGCCGAUCAGUUAGCGUGUCUCCAAGCGUACAAUGCUACCGCGUUGAUCGGUCUCAAGACCGUCUUCAACUACCCAGUCGUCGAUGGCACAUACCUCGUAUCCGACUUCAUCGACCUUAACAGCACGACCAACAUUACUAACCGCGUACCGGUAGUCAUGGGCGUGAAUCGCGAUGAGGAAGGCGUCCUUGGAACAGUCUACCCAACCACAGACUUGACCACUGGCAUCGACGACAUCGCUGCUGCAAACCACCUAAAUGCCAGCAGCAUCCUCGAUUCUGGUCUGUUCCCUCUCGGCACCAGUCGCACCAACAACGCAACCCUGGAUGUCUUCAACACCACCACCCGUAUCUCCACCGACCUCUCUUUCCGCUGCGUCAACCAGUUCGAGGCCUAUGCAGGCGUAAAAGAUGGCGUGCUGCCCAACAUCUGGUUCUACGAGUUCAACCGCACAUACCAAGACCCAGCAUACAAUCCCAAUCUCGUGUGUGCCGCUCCGGUCACCCCUUCCCAUCCUUACGGCGACCCUUCGCAAGAGUACUUCAAAUGCCAUGCUGGAGACCUCGCAAACACUUUUGGCAAUGUUGCUCGAGUCGGCUUUCCUGAUCGUGAUGGCUUGGAUGCAAAGUUUGGGCAGCUGAUGACUGAUUACUGGACUAGCUUUGCAAGAAAUCUGGAUCCGAAUCCGGAUGUGGAGUAUUUGAAAGUGAGAGGAUAUUGGAAUACUAUCAAUCAGAUUGAAAAGUCGGGGCCUUGGGAGAAGGUGGGUGCUGCUCAGCCGAGGAUGAUGGAGUUGCAGUGGAAUUCAGUCAUGAUGCCAUUCAGAGAUGUCGAGCAGUGUGCCGUCUUGGGCUACCCACUAGAUUAUCUUACUCAG